AUGUUUGAAGAAAAUGAUACAAAUGAAGUCAGGUUACUAUCUUUAAGCCUGGGAAAAAUCUACAUUUUGGUUACUUUAUAUUUCGCGGUUAAAACAAUUUUGGGUGAAAAUGAACAACCAUUAAGACCAGGUCAAGGACAAUGUUUUCAUGUAAGCGAAUUCUUACGUGAAAACAAUAGUCAAUUCCUGAACGUGAUUGGACCUAGUAUAAGUAAAGAUAUAUAUCGGAGGAAUGUUGAUUUAGCUAUAAAAGACUCUAGAUCCACCAAGUUAUUCACUCUCACUAGAACAAAAUAUUUGGUUGGAGAAGGAGGUUUUGAGGCGAAGGCAAUAAUAAGUUUUGGUCGAGACUAUCCUUUUUAUGUGAAGGGUCACCAAUUUUUCUGA